AAAGAGUACUGAGUUAUGUCUACUUCUUCUUUUUUAGCCACGUGAACAUAACUAUUAAACGUAGACGUAUCGUAGUUGUAAUACCGAGGUUUGGAUUUAAUAGAUUGUAAUUCGAAUCAUAAAUGUUGAAAAGCUUAAUUCUUUAUUCAGUUAUACUAGACUUAACGGACUUAUCACAUGAUUCAUAUCCGCUAAAUCUAACACUUCACACUGAAUUAUAAAAUGCUAAAUCAAAACAGUCAACCUAUUUGGAACUCUGUAGAUAAAUACAUUGAACCAUUGUUGAAACGCGUUUUAGAAACGCAAAGAAUUGGUGUGUCAUGUGGCAAAGUUGAAGUAAAUAAUAUCACAUCUAGCUGUGGAAAGGACCGAGGUGAUCGUUUCUACCUUUCCAUACCCUACGCUGGAAAGACACUUAGUUGGAACGUGUUGUUCAAUUCACUGUGCCCAGAGCUAAGCCCAGAUUUCUUAUUCGACGAUGACACUUUUCUUGCUGACCCAGACGUGACUACCAUUUUAACUCAUGUCCCAAGCCUAGCCAGUUGGGAUGUGACAAAUGACGAUGCCUUGCUCAUGGUGAUCGUUCAACUUCUUUCAUAUUAUAAAGAACAUCAGAUCCACCUUCUUGAAAAACAAGGAGAACGGUUGAAGUUCGAGUACAGCACUCUAGUUAAUGAGACUGAAAUAUGUCCCGAAGACAUGGAAGUAAUAUCAUUGCCAACAGGUGUGAGGCCUGUAGAAACUCGAUUUUUAAUACGUAUGGCAAUGGAUUUUUCAAAAUUACCAGAACGCAUUUCUCAUCCUCAAGAUGAUGAAGCUAUGCUGCUUGUAACCUUUAAUGGGCCAGAUUAUGACCAUAUAACACCAGAACUAUAUCUUUCUAAGAGUUUGGAAGAUGCUUUUGGAGGCCCUGCAGCUCUUCAUAUACCACCUUUCCAGUCAUCAAAAUACUUGAUGGAUUAUGUACCGGAAGUGAAAGGAUAUAUAAAUGAAAAAAUCAAUUUACUAGCAAUUUGCUUUGAGAAGAGGAAGAGUUUCAUAGCAGCACUGCUUCUGUUAAAGCGUGGUAGCAUCAUAGAGUACGAUGCUGUGGAAGCCAGUAAUGUGACAUUGCUGGUUGAACACCGAGACUUUUAUUGCAUGAUUCAUUUCAAAUUGCCAACAACAUUUCCAAAACAACCGCCACAAAUCACUUUGCGGUCUAUAUAUCACAUGACUUCAUUAGGGACACUCUUCAGUCAAAAUGUAGAAGAUCUUCCAUACAGUCCUCGAUGGGUGCCAUUUGAGAUGGUUACAAAAGCACUAAAUCAUAUUGCAGAAAAGGAAAUUCAUAAAUUUCAGACCAACUCUGUAAAGAAUAGUCACUUCUGAAUCAGUAAAUAUCAAAGUCAGAUACACAAUACCUGUUAUUUGGUGAUAGCCCAAUAUACCGCUUGCUGAACAGUAACACACUUUUGAUGUAUUAUUAUAAAUAAGUCUAUUUUCAAAAAGGUCAUAUAAAUUGUAUAAUAACUGCUUUAAAAUACUAAAUUAAAAAAACAUUUCAUUAGUCUUACUUUAUCAUCCGUGAUGCGUCAGUUGAAUCAAUGUGAUUAAUCAGUAAAUGAGGUCAAAUACCAUGUCUAUUAAGUUAGGAUUGGGACAUGUACUGCACCAUUCCUCUAAUAUUCGAGAUUUGUGAUCUAAAGGGAUCACAAAAAUAUGAUUUAAAAUAUAGCAAAUUCUACGAAAGAAUGCAUACUGACUUCGAAUUUACAUAUUCGCAAAUUGCAUUAGUUACAUUUCUAUUGUCAGUUCUUGUAAAAGGUGGGUUUAAAUUUCUAAGUAAACUCUGUAGUGACUUGGAGCAGCAGAGUUUUGGAAUGAAAUCCUUCAGAAUUCGUGUUCAACUUUUUUAUUCUGUGUCAAAAAAUGUACGUUAUUUUUUUCAAACGGAUAAAGUGUUUCGUUUGGAAGCAAAACUUUUUUUAGCUCUCACCUGAAAAAUUACUUUAGAAAAAAAAUUGAUAUUUCUUGCAAAAGGAUACGUCCUAAAUUCAAUUUUCAAAUAUCUUGAUCGAAAUUUGAAUGUUCCCUAUUUAAAUAAUAUUAAAAAUGUUACCAUUCGUAAUCAGCUACGUUCAAAGACUAAUACUUCAUUCCGUGGACCUUAAUUUUAGAAAAUUGGUUUGGCUACGAAUUUAUCAAUUAAAUUUUUGCUAUAAACUCAAUAGCUUAGUCACUAACGACUUCUAAAGGUGAAUUGUUAAAUACAAUUAACAGUGGCUUAUGCAUACUUUUUGAAUCGUUUGGGCUACAGAAUUAGGUCGCGGACUUUUGUUAAUUCCCCAAAAAAAAUACUUAUAGUAUCAAAUCUGUGUCAUUAAAUGCGGCUGAGUGGUGACAGAAAAUGAUAUCUUCGCGAUUUCGUUUAAGAAGUAAAAAUUUAUUUUACUUUCUAUUGCAAGUUUUUUAGUUUAGAGCAAGAAAAAAUGUUGCAUCCAAUUGGAACAACUUAUUGCUCAUAAAAUCAGACCUUUAUACAAUGACAACACUUCUGUUAAGUCGAAUGUCGUUAUGUUCCACAGAAACAUGAAUAUAAAUUAAUCUAACUAGACGACAGGCUCUGCAAAGAUGAGGAUAAAAUAGUAUAUUGUGUUACAAUAGGUUAAGAGCUGGUGGACAUUUUAGUUAUGUCAUUUGGUAACAAAAUUUUCCAUCUUAUCGUACUUUCUUAAAGACACCCCAACCUUCAUUUCUAGCUAUAUGAAGCAACAAUGUCCCAAAGCUGAAACUUUUUUAAUAUGGGAUAUUUUUUACAUAGGAUUCAAUUAUAAAAAAAUAAAAAAUCUAUUUGGUUGUAUUUUUUACGAAAAAAAAAUUGUUUUUUUUCUCCAAAACGUUUGUUUUUUUUGCUCGAUAUCAACGGCACACGAAUUUUCCAUUCUGUGUUUAUCAUUUUUAUUCAUAUGAUAGUAGGUUAUUAUGAGUACCCUCCAUGCAUAUAUACAUACUUCCGAACGACUUACUAUAUUUAUAUUCAAUGAUUUCGCAAAAAGUCGAACUUUGCUGUGAAAUUCAUAUGAUGCUCAUGUGGAUAUUGCCUGUGUAUAAGACAUGCUAUUCAGAUAUAGUAGAUCAUUUUUCCCCUUUCAAAAUCACCAGAAUCAGACAUUCAAAACAUGACAUUGAAGCAUCGUUUAUGCCUCUGUGGUCACACCGGAAUAGUCGUGUAUUGUAUACAUUCGCGUUUACUAUACUUCGUUUACCCGUAUAACACCAUCAGUCAUAAAAAUGCUGGCAAAAAGAAAGCAGUGUUCGUAUUUCGAGAAUUUAGUGUGUAAGAGAUGGAGGAGUAAUAAUUGUACCACUCAAAUGAGAUCCGAGCCCACGUGUGAAACAAGCACAAACGUUUUGGAGAUUGAUAAAGAACUACAACUCAACCAGCCGCUUCCGAAUAUUCAUGUUGCCAAAAAAAAGUUCGAAAUCAGUAAUAAUUAUCAGCAGUAUAUGAUCAUUGACGUAUCAGUACUAGAAGAUAUUUUGAGUGGAACAGUUUGUAGUGUGUGUUUUACGAAAAAUAUGGAGAUCCACAUACCGGAUGUCAAUUGUGGCUUUGCGUAUAAAACAGAAAUAAAUAUGGAUUCGACAAUAUCGUCAA